GACCUGUGCUCAUCGUCUCGACAAAAGUCUGAUGGAUAGGAAAUGCGGAUGAAAGCCAAACAACAUUAUUCAGACAAAAGCAAACAACCCUUAUUACUUGGUUUGUUCGCUAUUCGCGGGGCACAAGGGUGUGUGUGUGUUUGAGUGUGCUCUCCCAGGAGCUUUCGUUUAAAUACCCUAAAAUAACAGAGCAGCUGACAACAGCGCCAUCAUCGGGAAUCAACCGAAAUUACGACCAACAAUUACAGACCAGAGCACACACAAACCGCAGAAUCACCAUCAAUGGUGGAAGUCCUUCCGAACGCGAAUCGGGAAGUGUGUAACUUGUUGGCAGCUGAGACGGAGGAAAAACUUGUAUUCAUAAGUGAUUCGUCGAAAAGUACCACUCACAUACACUCGGCUGGAUUCUGGAUCUGACGGUCCAAAUUGAAUUUUCCGAGAAAGAAAAGUGCUAUCCGGAGAAGCAGACAACAUUUCAAGUAUUUUGUGACGCGUCCAACACCGCCUCGUCACACAAUUCACAGCACCCCACGAGAGCCGGCCUGACAAGGUGGGAGGCUGGAUGGAAAAUUGAAUCGAAUGCUGGAAACUCUCAUUUCGCUACAUCUUGGUUGCUAAAUCGAGGAAUAGGUCAAUCUAACGAUAAGAAUUAAUAGUGCUCUACGAUGGAUCCCCACAAUCCAUUCAACUUUCACCUGGGUCCACCAACCAGUGCUGCCCAUUCUCACCAUCCGGAACCAACACCAAGUCCACCGCAGAGUGUCCCUGGUAGACGUACUCCUCUGGGAACCGUGGGUUUGGGUGGAUUCUACGCCCAACCACACGCAUCAGCUUCCGUUUCACUUACAGACGAGAACCGUCCGUCCGGUAGUGCUGAAAGAAGCCAUUUCAGUCCACCCCCGCAUCACCAGUCAGCUCCGGUUCCUGGUGGUAAACAAAAGAACCGACAGGGCAAAACAGUACGCUUGAACAUCAACGCCCGAGAGAGACGUCGAAUGCACGAUUUGAACGACGCCCUCGACGAACUGAGAAGCGUCAUUCCUUACGCCCACUCCCCGUCGGUUCGAAAAUUGUCCAAAAUUGCCACGCUGCUGUUGGCCAAAAACUAUAUUUUAAUGCAAGCCAACGCUUUGGAUGAACUGCGAAGAUUAUUGGCAUACAUCCAAAGUGCAGCCGGAGCGGGAGCACCAACCGUCGAUUUGAGAACAAUGCCUUCUGCACUGAAAUUGCAGCAACUACUACAAACACCACAGCAAGAGUUGCAGCAACAAGCGCAACAACAUCUACAGCAGCAGCAGCAAUUACAGCAACAACAACAGCAGCAACUCUCCCAGCAAAGUGGGCCACCGCCACCUAAUUCGAAUUCUUGAAUGUAAAAUUGAUAUGAAACAUGCCAAAAGUUCAAUUAUCUUAACAUGCGAGUGCUUGUGAACUAUUUAAAACAUGCAUGCUAGUCAGCGACUGCAACUUUCAACCAAUUUUCUAGUGAAGAAAAGUGGUUUAUAUAGGAUACUGUUAGCAAUACAAGUAUAUUAUUGAACUAGUCAGUUUUGUGAUGAAACGAAGAUAGUAUAGCUGUAUUAAUAUUUCAUACUUCGUAUUUUGAAUAAAGUAGUGCAUUAAACCUUUCUUUUA